UCUCCUGUGCCAACUGCACGUCAUUUUUAGCUCCAAAGCGGGUUGGGUGUCUGGAGAUGAGUCCAGAGCGUUACACAGCCAGUGUCUUUCUAUGUGCUUUUCCGUGACGGGAAAUUUCUUAUCUGUCAGAGAGGAGAGAUUUUCAGGCGGUGGGCUGAGGUGGUGAGGGUGUAUGUGGAAGGAGGAGAUGGUUCCUUCAGCAGGAUGGACCGGAAGAAAGUUGUGCCCGGGUUCGUGCCCUGCUGCCUGUUCCUCGCGCUGUGCGUGUCUGCAGUGGUCACUGAAGGUGGAGACUUGAAUACUGUGCAGAGUUCAGCUCCCCUCUACUGUUCAGAAGGCUUUACGGAACUGGGCUACUAUAAUGGCUCAAUUUCCCAAACAGACUCAGGCUCCCCCUGCCUCAAGUGGACAGACUUCCCAGACUACAUGCAGCAGUACCCGGGCCGAGGCCUGGGAGACCACAGCUACUGUCGAAACCCAGACCGAGAGGCCAACCCCUGGUGCUUCUUCAGGCAGAGUUCUGGUGCCAUUGGCUGGGCCUACUGCGACUGCCAUCAGGGUGCAGCCAGAUUGGUGGGGGGAUCAUCAGAUAACAGUGGUCGUCUGGAGGUCUACCUAAAUGGCCAGUGGGGGGCAGUAUGUGACACACACUGGACCGACCGUGAUGCUAGCGUCAUAUGCAGACAGCUCGGACUGGGGGAGAUCGGUACAGCCCUGCAGCAUUCCUACUUUGGCCCAGGUUCCGUCUUCCACUUUGAACGUCUGGGUUGCCGCGGUAAUGAGAAUUCCCUACUGGAAUGCCGUAGCAGGAAGUUUGUCACCAGCGACUGUUACCAUGGCCAUGAAGCAGGGAUGGUUUGUGCCGAACCUAAAGGCACUGGCAUCCCUUUAAGGCUGGUGGGAGGCCUGGAGGACUUUGAGGGCCGUGUCGAGGUGUACCAUGAUGGCAAGUGGGGAACCGUCUGCAAUAAUCAGUGGGAUGACACUGAUGCUGAGGUGGUGUGCCGACAGUUGAACCUUGGGGGUGUGGCCAAGGCGUGGACAGGAGCCCACUUUGGUCUGGGUGAUGGUCCCAUCUUCCUGGAUGGGGUUCAGUGUACAGGCAAUGAGCUCUCUUUGGAGGAGUGUCCUCAUAACCCCUGGGAGCAACACAAUUGUGAUCACAUGAAAGAUGCAGGGGUGUCCUGCAACCCACACACAGACGGUGCAGUUCGUCUGGUGGGAGCAGACAGUCACUGGGAGGGUCGUGUGGAGAUAUACCACCAGGGACAAUGGGGUACUGUUUGCGAUGACAACUGGACUGAGAUCAACGCCCAGGUAGUGUGUAGACAACUGGGCUUCAGGGGCCAUGCAGAGGUGGCUCCUGACGGGGUGUAUGAAGAAGGUCGAGGGCUUAUCCUUCUGGACGAGGUGCAGUGUCGAGGAACAGAGGCCAGUUUACUGGCUUGCUCCCACUCUGAGUGGGGCCAACAUGACUGCUCUCACAGUGAGGAUGUAGGUGUCCGCUGUGAGAGGAGAGGUGAUACCAAUGAGAUACCAGACCUUUUGCCCUCUAUUGGCCCUCUGGUGCGUUUGGUUGCUGGAGAGAGCAGGAAAGAGGGUAGAGUGGAGGUCUUCAUUAACGGCCAGUGGGGAAGUGUGUGUGAUGAUGGCUGGAAUGAUGUCAAUGCAGCUGUAGUUUGCAGACAGAUGGGAUUCAUGGGUGUGGCUAAAGCUCGAUCCAUGGCAUACUUUGGUGAGGGUCAAGGUCCCAUCCACCUGGACAAUGUUCGAUGCUUGGGUGCUGAGAUGUCCUUAGGACAGUGUUCGGCUGUGGGUCAGGAUAGCCAUGACUGUCGCCACAGUGAGGAUGCAGGUGUCAUCUGUGACUACACCCUGGAUCCUGUGGGAGAUGCUGCUGUGGCCAUGCGGACCUGCGGUCUGAGACUCAAUAACCAGCGUCGCAGACGUAGGAUAAUAGGAGGAGAUAAGUCACUGAGGGGUGAGUGGCCCUGGCAGGUGUCUCUGUGGCUCAGGUCUCAGUCUAAAGGAAAUCAUCCUUUGUGUGGAGCAUCACUCAUCAACCCCUGCUGGGUUGUGACUGCCGCCCACUGCUUUAAGAGAUUUGGCAGAGACCCGACCCGCUACGUGUUGCGCCUGGGUGACUACCAUACUGAGGAGCAGGAUGACUUUGAACGCACCUUGUCCCCUGAACGCAUUGUUAUCCACAGAAAAUACCACAACCAGGGCUGGGAGUAUGACAUCGCCCUGCUGCGGCUCAAAGGCACAGAGGGCAACUGUGUAGCAUUUAACCCUCACACUGGUGCAGUGUGUCUGCCAGAGCCAGGUAACAAGUGGGAGAAGAGGCCAGCUGCCUGUGUGAUCACUGGCUGGGGCAUCACAGACUCGGAGUACUCCCGAACUCUGCUCCAGGCCUGGGUCCCCUUGCUUCCAGCCUGGAAGUGUAAGAAGCGUUACAGUGAUCGCUUCACCAGCCGCAUGCUGUGUGCUGGGAGCCUGUCGGAGCGCCACCGUGUGGACAGUUGCCAGGGUGACAGUGGGGGUCCGCUGGUUUGUCAGGCAGAGGGGGGCCAUUGGGUGCUGACAGGAGUCAUCUCGUGGGGUCAUGGCUGUGGUAACCCUUCAUUUCCUGGAGUGUACACACGUGUUAGCAGGUUCCUGCGAUGGAUUGACAAGGUCAUCAGCAAACCCUACAAGACCUAAUAAAAGAGACUUGGACUGUUUUUUUUUUUUUUAAUUGAUAGCAUACAUUUCUCUAUACUGAGUUCAUUUAUUCACUACUAUUUACACAGUGCUCUUUAUUGACAUGCAGCUCAGCAUCCAAAAUACACCAUUGCAGCCAAAACACUUGAUACACAACAACAUGAACAACAGGUAAAAUCAACCUGGAUCAUAAUUGUCAUUUAUUCAUUUAUUUAGCAUAGACCAAGACACAAAUACAACAAAAAAGGGCAUGGAUUGAUUGUGCUACCUUAUCGUAUGUGUCACAGAAAUGAUGUUUAAAGGAUAUAUUUUCUAUUUUUAAUUGUUUGAUUUAAUGCCAAGUGCACAAAAUGAAACUAAAAUAAUGCAGUAAAACACUACAUUAUGUUGUAUAUUGUUAUGUAUUUACAAUACAUUCUUGUAUAAGACAGCUACAGAUAUAGAAAUACAAUAACAUUAGCCGACCCUUUAAUCUGUAUUUAUCUGUAUUGGUGGUAUUUGUGAUGGUGAAUAGGGAGCUGAGCCAGAAAGCAAAGCUUUUGAUUUACUGGUCCAUCUACGUCUUAACCCUCACCCAUGGUCAUGAGCUUUGGGUAAUGACUGAAAGAAUGAGAUCAUGGAUACAAAAUGCAAAAUGAGUUUCAUCCGUAGGGUUUCUGGGCUCAGCUGUAGAAUUAGGGUAAGGAGCUCAGACAUCUGGGGGGAGCUCGGAGUAGAGCCGCUGCUGUUUCGCGUUGAAAGGGGGCAGUUGAGGUGUUUCGGGCAUCUGAUCAGGAUGCCUCCUGGGUGCCUUCCCAUCAGAGGUGUUCUGGACAUGUCCAACUGGUGGGAGGCACUGGGGCAGACUCAGAACACACUGGAGGGAUUAUAUAUCUCAUCUGGCCUGGGAACGCCAUGGGAAAGCGUUGCCAGGGAGAGGGACAUCCAGAGUACCCUGCUCUGCCCGCUGAUCCUGCAACCUGGCCCCAUAUAAGCAGAUGAAAAUGGAUGGAUGGACUGUCAUCUACAUCACAACCUUCUUUCCUAUUUUAAAAACACACCUGCAUGCCUGAUCCAUCCUCUUGGUGUCCAGAAUGGGACAUUUGAUCAUGUGGCAGGUGGUCAUACACACCCCUCCAUGAGGAAAAGAAUACCUUUACAGUUGCAAAGUAGAGGAUAAGUUGGCAGGAAAAGUGACUCUAUCCUGGGAUGGGCAGAAAACCACCAUACAGUUAAAAAAUGAUCCCCUCCCUUACCUGACACGUCUUUCAUAGAGGUCAUUAUGAAUGAAACCAGACACUCAGAGCUGCACUCUUAAGUUCCAAUCAGGAGUUUAUACAUUUACUUUAUUUUUACAUAUAGAUGUGAAAAAGUGUUUGGUUUGGAACGUAAAUGUUAACUUUUUUUUUGGACAAAUAUGUUUACAUGUGCAAACAUUGACUUCUGUUGUGCUGACUGAGUGAAAAGUUUAGAAGAAGUGAAUUCAGUGUUGAGAAAUGUGUGGUACCAUUUGUAGAAAAGAAAAACUAUAACAACAGUUGAAAACCACUGUAAUUAAGUUAUUUCAGGGCUUGUUGCACAAGGUAUGUUUUGGCCAUUGCUUCUGUGUUGUGUCUCCUGGACUACUGAGCUCUUCAGAUCAUUUGUAUUCCCUCCACAUCACUUCAAAAAGCAUUUAUUGUCACAGUGUGAACUUGUGCCAAAUUUCCAAAUAGUACGUGGCACCUGUGUUGUGUCAUACUUCAAAGAACCAUGAAAAGAGCUGGUGAUAAACACACAGCAAGUGGUAAAUGGUGACAAUCCAAUUUGGAUCCAGGCCAGAUGAGAUAUAUUACUAGGAAUCCAGUCCAUUAAGACCUCUACUGGGUAUAUGUGGCACUGUUAAAGUGAUAUACUAAGCCAGUCAGGUGAAAAGUUGAAUGACAUUGCAGUAAAAUACAAACCUUAGUCACACAGGGUCACCUGUAAAUAAGGACCUCAUGCAAGCCAGUGAAAGAAUGACAAAAAAAAUAUAUUCGAAGAAUGAUAAAUGACAUGAUACUGCUGAAUAUGUAUGCUACAUACAGACAUUUUUUUGUAAUAUAAACAUUCCAAGUGUGCUUUGAACCAAAAUCAUAGCUCAUAACCAUCAUUCAAUGGAAUACUAAACAUUCAUGACAUCACAAUGUAGUCCUGUUUGCUAAAAUGUAACCAAUUAACAGGUGUAUAAGAUAACAUUUACUGUCAACCACCUUGAAGUAAAAAGGGUAAAUGCAAGUCCAUCGAUAAGCUGUUUACACCCGGGCUACAGUGCCUGCGUGAGCAGCGUCUGUGUUGUAUAACCUCUGUUUAUGUUUUUCUCUUUUUUUUUCCACAAUCGUGUUAACUAUAGACUAUAUAAAAUUGUUAACAGAUGAGAGCAGCACUGUCUGCAUGAUUAGACACGGCCAGGCUGCUGCUCAGCUGCCUAGCAUCCAGAGAUCCGGCGUCUCGUCUAUUUUUUCUGCCUGACGUGCAGGUUUUAGUCAAAGUAGACUGAAAAUUGUCUUUUGAUACUCAUAUUGACAUUGUACCACUUUCACUACAGUUUCAAUGUCUGUAUCUGUCAGACAUGAAAAAAUAUAAAUAUAUAUAUUUUAACUCAACACUUCCUGUUUGACGUUUUACGUUUCAAAAUAAAAGCCCUCUUACAAUCUGGACCCUGUGUGGACAGAACACAGGGUGUAAAAAUAACUGAUGUAGCUACCGUGACAUUACCUAUUGGUUUGUGGACUGCCGCUUUAAAGCCUUGACUUUGGCAUUUCAGCCAUCACCAUCUUUUUUGGAGCUAGAGGUGACCAUAUUUGGUGUAGCUGUGGAGGAGCGAGGGAUGGAUGUGACUCAAAGACUGGCGAUGUCUUGCAGACAACCUGUCUCUCAAGUGGCCCCGCCCUUAAAUAGGCACAAGGUUAAGCCUUAAUAAAAUGUAUGGUGAAUUACAGGUUGUCAUGAAUGUUGAAAUUACCUAUAGAGACCAAAACUAAUUUUUGUACCAGGCUGUAAACAUGUUUAUUUCUGCUACAAAGUUGGGCAUUUUAUCAUAGGUGUCCAUGGGGACUGACUCACUCUUGGAGCCAGCCUUCAUUUUUCAGCCUCAGAGGUCACCGCUUGGGACAGAAUCCUUAACACACAAGCCUUAUUUUGAAAUACUUGCAGGACCAUGUUGUGGACAAUGCAGUGGCUUGCACUGCUCCAUAAGUUAGUGAAAUACUGGCUUUUGUGCAUGCAAGCCACAGUGGUUCAAUGAGGUAGCCGUCACAUUCUGCUCACACAGGUAGCGCAGCCUUAGAGAGGCUUAUAACCUGCCCUGGUGGAACUGAAUCACUGUUUGGCAGUAGGUUUGGAGUCAUUUGUUUAACUGUGUUUUGGGAUAUGGGAAUAUGUAUAUUAUUACUAUUAUUGGAAUACUGCACACUAUGCAUGUGCAUAGCUGUAAUGUAAAUAAGGUAUACUUUUUAGUGUGUUCUGCUCUGCAUUGAUCAGUGCAAUUUUCAUUUGUUAUCAUUUUAAUUUAUUUAGGAAAAAAGUUAACUUUGUUAAGCUGUAGCUUAACAAGCUUUAUUAGUGUAAAUGCUGAUGCAGCAUUCCUAAUAUUGUCAUCCAAUCUUUACUGUUAUUCUUCCGUACAUUUCUUCAGUUGGCUUCUCCUCCUGCAUGCUCUGAACUACAGCAAUCAUUCAUAUGUCAAAAUGUUCAGCUCUUCAAGGACGUGUGCUCUUCUUCAGCUUUUGUCAAGCAUUUAUACUUUUUAAGAUAUGCUUUAUUUAUUUAUUUUUUUUAAUUUACAGUGUUACGUCAAUGAUUAUGUUAGAGAAUGUUGGGUCACCUGUUCAAACCUGUCUGCCACUACUACUUCUACCAAUACUACUGCUGCUUCCAAUACUAUUACUACUGCUACUACAACUUUUGUGCUACUUAACCCCACUGUAUUCAGUGGUAUUUCUGAAUUAUAACUGUAUCAAAGUAAUACUUCUGCGUCUGUUUGGAUGGUUUAGAAUUCUCUCUUUAACUAUUCAGACCUCUCUGUAGUUCAGCACCUGCCAGUUGUUCAAUGUGGGACUGGUGAUUGGAGGUUUAAAGCCUGUCUAAUGCAUCUGUAAAAAAUAAAUAGUAAUUGUUUUAAAUCUCA